UAUACAGGCCCAACGCCCAGAAAUUCCAACUCGUGUUUUCAAGUGUUACCUCUCAGCCUGUACGGCUCAUAGCUGAUGUUGGAAACAAGAAAAAAAAACACUCAAGAUGGCGAGAAAUCAUUACCUCCGAGUUAUCCUCACUUACUAUAUAACAAUCGGCCAGCGCGAAGUUCAGAUACAAUUCAAAGGCACACCGAAAUAAUUCAUGUGGGAUCCGCGCGCAACCAUGAAAUUCGUUUACUCUGCUGUCAUUGUCUUGGCCGAGGUUGGAAGCAUCCUUGCUCUUCCUGCAUCUUCAACCGCCUCCACUUCAGCUGUUUCUGUCGCCAAGCCAACAUCCGCCCCCGGCCCCAGCAAAGACGAGCAGACAUGUCUGCUUGAGACCAUCUGUAUCGAGUUCGAUACCCCGAUGAUUCCAGUCUGGGAUGACGGAAUGAAGAAAUGCAGUUGCAAGCCUCAGAAAGAUGUAGUCUCGAAAUGUCUCGCAUCCACCACAUGCAUCGUCGGCUCCUCUCCAUUCUGGGAUUCAAAGACCCGCAAAUGCACCUGCAUUCCCAAGAAUCUGGAAGAGCAAAAGUGUCUACAAGAUACAAUUUGUGUCGAAUACGACGUCCCAAUGGUUCCGGACUGGGACAACAUAUCCAGAACAUGUUACUGUAAACCAAGAGAAGAUGAAGCUUUCAUCUGUAUUGCAGCAACUACAUGCAUUCCGGGGUCAUCACCCUUUUGGGAUGCUGCUACCAAGAAAUGCAAUUGUCUGAAGACGGACACCGCCGUCGAAGCUGCCAAACGAGAUGUCGUUCCUCAGGACAAGCCAACAAAGACCAUUUCACCUGCACCAACUCCAACCCCUUCAGUCGACAAAUGUACAUUGUUGAAGAUCCUUUGUCCUUGUGGAGACAGACAUUCACACUGGAACGAAGAUCUGCAACGAUGUGCUUGUCAGCCAUGUGAACCACCACCAGACGUUGUGUGUGAGAACUACAAGAUAUAUUGCGGUGGAGGGGACCAUAAGAUGCAUUGGGAUCCCAUUUCCGCCAGCUGUCAGUGCUUGGUUCCGAUGAUCACGGAUUACGCACCCGAGCCAGCACCAACAGCGUAG